AUGGCAACCAUACCACCUCAUUAUUCCGAUCGGUUUAUUGUUCAACGGUACAAUAAGGCAUUGCAAUUUGUGCAGAGUCUACCUGCAAGUUCAAACUUCCAGCCUACUAAAAACCAGAAACUUGAGCUAUAUGCUUUAUAUAAACAAGUAUCUGAGGGCAAUAUAAAAACCCAACGUCCUGGCUUAUUUGACGUUGUUGGGAGAGCAAAAUGGUAUAUAGUUUGCAGAGUUAUUACUUCUUCAUCAAAUGCAGUGGACGCUUGGAAGAAACUCGAAGGUCUAUCACAAAUAGAAGCGAGACAUCUAUAUGUUGAAGCCCUUUUAAGGGUAGCAAAGGAAGCCUAUAGAAAGAAUAUGGGGCGAGAGGAAGCACAGCAAAUAAUACAUACAUUUGCCAUUAUGAGAUUCUCUGAUGACGAAACAGACGAUGAUUUAAUAGAAACAGACACCACAUCAAAUUUAGAAGAUAACGAAAUCGAUGACACAAGUAUUGAAUCGGAAAAUGCGGAAGAAGAGGCCUACUUGCGAGAUGUACAAAAUAGUAAUAUUCAGACUGAUGCUAAACGAGAGACACCAUUCAAAUCAUCGAGUAACGACACAGCUUAUAAUUUAGUAGAGCAACCACCGCUUAACAAACAACGACAGCCAGCCUUGACAAGAGCUCAACUACAGCAACAUCAAAUAGAACAAGAAAGACUUCACCAGCAACAGCAACAACGACAACAUCAGCAGAAUAGACCAUCUUCAGUUGCCUCUAUACAAACUAUGGUAACAGCACCUACGACACCGAGACAAUUACCCGUCAGUUCGAGGUCUACUUCGAGGUUAGGACAACAUGCAUCCGGGCUUCGCGUAAACAACAGCAGGCAAGGCUAUCCCAACCAUUCCUCAAAAGAUGACUUACAUGUGCUGCCUAGCAAUAGUAAAGAAGCGAAUUCUACGUCUUAUAUUGAAACCGACUUUGUAGAUGACUCGAUCAAUCCGUGGCAAAAUUUACCUUCCAAUCCUAAUAUAAAUAAGCAAGGGCAAGAAGUUAAUAGUGGAGCUAGCAGCGAUGACAACCAAGAUAAUAUAAUGAAUAAUAGAAGUAGGCAUUUAGUGCAAAAUAAGCAUACUAAUAGCAGCGUUUAUAAGCCCCAAUUGAGGUUGACAUCGCCUAUGUCUCAAUAUCAGCAAAAACAGCAGCUGCAACAUAGAAUACAACAACAACGGAUAACAUCCCCUUCACCUCCCUUCGUUUCAACUAAUAAACCUACUUUACUACAACAGCAGCUAUCAGGCAUGGCGCCUCUUCUUCAUAGCUCGCCCGUUCCUGGAUCAAGCACUUCUUCGUCUGUCACUGCUACUCCCCAAAAUCAAUUAUUACAACAACAUCAGUCUGAAAGACCUGUAGAACCCUAUGAUCCACCAGCUGGGGGCUCAAGAUCAAGUAGUAGAACACAUAAUUCAUUGCUACACAUCAAAGACGACCCUGCACUCCAUCAUUUUCUACACUCACAAAUGAAUCGACCCAGUAGCAGUGUUACUACAGUGGCAUUGGGGCCAGCUACCAAAAAGGCUUUAGAAUCACUACAAAAUGAAGUCAUUGCUCUCAACGACCGUAUAAAUGAUUUACGUAGAGAAUUAGUAAACCGCGAUGAACAUCGACCUAAAAGGAAACCAAGUAGUGGGCCCAACGAAGAAUGUGAUCCACCAGACGAUAUAGGGGACAAUUGGCGAUGGGUAAUAAAGGCCGCUCUGAAGUAUGCUGGUGUCAACAUAAUGACAGCCUUUAUCUUAUUUUUCAUCCUUUAUAAAAGUGAUAGUCCGAUUGCAUUUGCGAUUUUACGACAAGCGCAAAAGUUUUGGCGAUCUUUUAAACUUCGAGUUCUAAUAAGUAAUGUGGUUGUUUAA